UCUGUGGCCGCAGCGGGAAUGUUAGCUAGUUCACACCUGAACAUAAGCAGGGGUCAGUUUCGGUCCAGACGAGCGGCGCAGCCAGGGGACCGCGCGCUACUGCCGGUGUGGUAGUUGAACAAGGUGUCCGCUGGUCCGCUGCCAGCUAACUUUAGCCUCCUCGCCAGUCUCCGGCUCAGGGGCCUGGGCCUGCUCCUGCUCCUGCCCCUGCCCCUGCCCCUGCUCCCUGCUCCUGCCUCGUCUCUCCUGCGACGCUUUGGGAACAUUUCCAGGUAACGACAGACGCCGCCGCCUCUUGAAUGCCCCCCCCGUGUUAUGUGUCGUAGCUAGUCACGUUAGCUCGCUGCUUCCCGUGUUAGCCAGCAGUGACUUGUUAGCCGUGUGGGCUCGUCCGUCGUUGUCACAACUCCGGGACUUUGCUCCGCAGCUGCUGCUGCUGCUGUAACGUCAACUGCCGGACUAGAUGAGGUGCAUUAUUUACUUGCACCAAGCCAUCUCUUCGUUAAGAACCCCACUGGAACGCUCCCUUUGACCUGUGUGUUGUCCCCCACGUGUAUUGUCAUCAACACGUCCAGCGAACAGACCCCUCACUCACGGACCUUCACCUCCAUCCACCUGGUCCCUGACCUCCUUCUGGAUCCUCGUCACACAGCAGCCUCAGUGGUGUGGCUACUGUUCUGUCGUCCAGCUACCUGGUUAAUUAUUUAGUCAAUAGAUUGUCUUGAGAAAAAAAAAGCAUCCAUCACAGUUUCUCCAGCAGUGAGUUUUCAAGCUGCUGCUUUUGUCUGCUCAACAGCCAAACACUCAGAGACGUCCAAAUUACAAUCACCAGUCUUCACACUGUAGAAGUUGCAAACAUUUGUUCUUUUUGCCCAACAAAGGAUUCAAAAGUGCAGUCGGUUAUGGAAAUCUCUUGUUGUUUAAUGUUGAAAGCCCAUGCCUCGAUGCACACUCUGCUAGUGUUUUCUUUCUAUUUAGAUGAUGUGAUUCACCUGUAAUAGUAUUUCUGAGUUGUAUUACAGUAUUCUAGCUGCAGUUGUGUGCGUUUUACUUGUCAGCAUUGUGUUGUUUAUGACCUUCUCGUACACCAAGUAGCUGUCAUUACGUUGCAGCGUUUGAAUGCUCAUUUCAAGUCUUGAUAAUGGUUAAUUGAAAUCCUAUCACACAAUCCCCAUUGAUGAAAGGAUCGAAGGCGCACACACAUUCCUGUGAUCAAAGGCGCACACUCCUGUGAUCUGUGAUCUCGUCGGAGAAAAAGGCGGUGGUGAAUCCUCUCAGAAUCCCUCUCCUUCUUUGGAGAGACUUUGCCUCCCUCCUUUGUCUGCACUCUCACCUGAGCACAACUUUAUUGUCCUGAGCCGACACCCUGAAGUGAUCGUUGCCACACCUAUUGAUCCACGAUACGCCCUAUCACACAAUUUGUGGUCCUUUGAGCCAGAUCCCGUCACAGCCAACUCCUUGCUGAUGGGGCGGCCGGACUCCUCCCUGCCACAAGUGGUCUACCCAGAAUCAGAGCUGCGUAGCCGCAAGAGUAGGAGACAUGCUUAAGUCCUGGCUGAUCAUUUCUGGUGGCACUUCACUCAUACAGCAUUUCUUGCCCACCUUGCAAGCACGACAGGAAUGGAAUACAGAGGAAGAAGACCUCACCAUCGGCACUAAUCGUAAAUGCAGACUCCAAGAGCUUUGUGGCAAGUGGGAAUAGUGAAGGGACAUAGCAGAGUGAGGACUGCGGCCGUCCAAGGAAAGGACCGAACUCACACUCGCCCUGUGGUUCAGCUCAUCAGACUGCCCGCACUACCCCAGGAUUCUACAAAGAAAUAGUGUGGGAUUUAUUGAUGUCAAAUUUUCAUACCAAAUUUGGUGGUGGCUGUUAAAAAGGCCAUGCCUCUAUGCACACUCUUUUGGUGUUUCUAUUGGGCAGGCCAUGGAUUUUCCGGGCCACUUUGAGCAGAUCUUCCAGCAGCUAAACUACCAGCGUGUCCACGGUCAGCUGUGCGAUUGUGUCAUCGUCGUGGGGAGCCGACACUUCAAGGCCCACCGCUCGGUGCUGGCAGCCUGCAGCACUCACUUCCGAGCCCUGUUCACUGUCGCAGAGGGAGACGCGAGCAUGAAUAUGAUCCAGCUGGACAGCGAGGUGGUGACAGCUGAAGCUUUUGCUGCUCUGGUGGACAUGAUGUACACGUCAACACUGAUGCUGGGGGAGAGCAACGUCAUGGACAUCCUCCUCGCCGCCUCUCACCUGCACCUUAACAAUGUAGUCAAAGCCUGCAAACACUACCUGACAACGCGUACGCUGCCUAUGUCUUCCUCAUCCGAAAGACCAAUCCACCACCAACCUCUGCAGGAGCAGCAGAGGCGCAGGCAGCAGCAGCAGCAGCAGCAGCAGCAGCAAGUAGAUUUAGCAGUGAACCCUACUCUAGCAGCUAACACUAACCUUGCAACAAAUGCUGCCACAUCAAAGCUGCAGCGCUCCUUCCUCUUGCAGCAGCUGGGACUCAGCUUGGUGAGCUCUGCUUUGGGUGGGAUGGAGGAGGAUGGGGUGGGAAACAUAGUUGGCAAUAGAGAGGUGGGACCGAGGACCUCUUUCCCUAUCCGACGUUUCCACAAACGCAAGGCCUCACUUGCACUGUCAGAAGAGAGACCCAGGCAGAGGCAGCGCCCCUCAGCCCCCAACCUGGGGUUGUUGGGAGAAGAAGGGGUGAAUGCAGAGCGAGAGGAAGGAGCACUUCUGUCCCCGGACUCCCACAAGAUGGGGGAUGACGCAAAAUCGGAUGAUGCAAUCACUGGCCUGGUUGGGGUGUCCCAAGAUGAUCCUCAGAUGCCCAGCCAGUCGGACAGUGGACACUGUGGGGGGGUGGACUUGGGGAGAAUUCAAGGAGGAGUGAGCAAGGAGGAGGACAUAGAUGACCACGACCACCAGGAGAACACAUCAGGGGUGAAGAUUAAAUCAGGGACAGAGGAAGAGGAACUGGAACAGAAGGUGGUGGUUAAACGAGAGCCGCUAAGCUCGCCUGAGCCGACAGAUGAAAUCAGCGAUGUGACAUCGCAGGCUGAGGGCAGUGACCCGGCUGAGCCCGGAGGCCGGGAGGAGGAGGAGAAGGUGGAGCUGAGCCCAGAGAGCAGUGACCGCAGCUUCACCUCUGAACACCAACCCAGUUCUGACUCGCUGCUGCAGCCCAGCUCCCAGCUUCUCAUCAAGAGCGGCAUGGGAGGAGGCGCCGGGGUCGGAGGAGGUUUUGGAUGUAAUAACGGAUUAAAUGGCAAACCUGGUUUUAGUAUUUCAAGCUUCCUCAGCCCAAAGGUUUUUGGAAGUGGCGGGGCAGGGUUGGUUGCAGGAGAGGACGACCUGCCCAACACGACAACUGGGGAUGCGUUAGCACACCACUUCCUGCUGAGACAGGAACCUGCUGGACCAUCUGGCUCUUCCUCUUCUUCUCUUCUGCAGUCUCCACUCAGUGGUGAGAGUCGCAAUGGUUUUGGAGACAACUUGCAGCCCGAUUCUCUGUUCCUUCGUCCCCUGCAUGACAGUUUGGGGAACCCCAGAGGAUGUGGGGGAAAUGUGAGUGGAGGACGUGGAGGGGUAGACCCCUUUGGUCUGGACUUCCAGCACUCCAGUCUGGGGCUUCACUCUUUGGGGCGACCCUCACGAGGGGCUGGAGGAGCCACCGCUGUCCCUCUAGGCUAUCCAGGCUACAGGCGCAUUGCUCCAAAAAUGACCACCAGUUUGGGAGGAGGAGAAGGUGUAGGCGGUGUACUUCAGGAUUCCGCCUCCUCCUCCUCGAGUCUGCCAAGUCCCCUGCUUCUGAACGAGAGUGGUGGGUAUGAGAUGAACAGUGGCAGGCCCAUCUCCCUCCCGCCUCAGCUGACCCGAGCUUCAGCAGACGUUCUGUCCAAGUGCAAGAAGGCUCUGUCGGAGCACAACGUCCUGGUGGUCGAGGGAGCUCGGAAAUACGCCUGUAAAAUCUGCUGUAAAACCUUCCUCACCCUGACGGACUGCAAGAAACACAUCCGCGUCCACACAGGAGAGAAACCCUAUGCCUGUCUCAAGUGUGGAAAGCGCUUCAGCCAGUCCUCCCACCUGUACAAGCAUUCAAAGACCACCUGUCUGCGCUGGCAGAACAGCAACAUGUCCAAUGGCCUGCUUUAGGACUGCAUCAGGGUGAAGGACGAACACAUCUGGAAUCAGAGAUGGGCUGAAUUUAGGGUCCUAAAAAUGUGCGGAUUUUUCUGAAGCUGUGACCAGACCAGUCAGAUCUGAUCAUGUUCAAAACAACCAGUCCUGAUCAUAGACCAAAGACGGGGCGGAUGAUGUAAUCAUGCAUUUUCUUUUCCAAGAGAAACACAAACUGUCAAGUCAGUAAAAGUGACUCAACACAUUUACAGUACAAAGAUUAUAGGGACGCAGGACAUUAAUUAAUUGCCAUGGACUCAUUAUAUCAUAUCAUAGGUGUACAUUGUAUACUCUCCUGUUAGAAUAUCAUAAGAGUACUAUAAGGAUUUGCCAUCAGUAUCUCUGUAUAAUAUGAUCCAGGUCAGUCCAGACUUGACUUUCAAAACUGCCACACUGUUGUUUGAUUUUUUGUUUAAAAAAAAAAAAUGUAAAUCUCGUUCAUUAGAUCUACUGAGGUGAUCCCUUAGCACUGAAGAAUGAAAAUCAUGUAAAAUAACGUGCUUAUGUGUAAAUUUUCCUUCUCAGAUUUGUAAAACAUAGCAUAGUGUCCCAACUUUGCAUAUGGACUAUGCCUUGUUCUGUGCAAGGGCAGUCAUAUAGACUCACUGUUUCGGAUUUAGUUUGGGUGCAAGAUGUAAUGUCUGUAAUUACUUAUAAUUAGUCUUCUCUUUAUUCUUGAUUCUACAAAAUGAGCAGUAGAUUCUUUCCUGUGAGAGUUCUGCAACUUUUUGCAAAUUCAACCAACAAAAAAAGACAGCAGACUCUAGAGUGUGUUGUUUCACUCUGUUGUAGGUGUGCAGUGAAAUAAUACACAGCAUUUGACAUUCUUGGCCAGGACAAGAGCAACAAAGAAAUAAAAUGGAUCAACAUUUCUCAACAGCUGAUUAUGGAAUUGAUGCAUACUCAAACACAUUAGUUAAUUAGCAAAUAUUUCAUUUGGAAACAAUGUGGCCUUCACACUUCACAUUACCAGAGGAACACAUGUCUCACUUUGUACCUGUGAAUUGCCAAGUCCAGGUUUUGGAUAAAUGGUUAACUUUGAAUCGCUCUAAUCAACACCUUGCUCCAAUUUGCAGGUCGAGCUUUAAACAUUUAAGUCCCUUUUUUUCUUCCUUUUUUUUUAGGGAAUCAAAAAAAAUCUGAGCCAUUAAAGCAAAAGGAAUCAAAUCUUAUCUUCGAAUUAGGAACAGCUCUGUUUACUUGGCCUUGCAGUCUCUUUUUGAGAAAUAUAAUAUAUGAUAUUGUAUUAUAAUACUGAGAGAACAGCUUCACUGAAAAAUGUGCCGUCGAUGCACCUUAUUUUUUUGUCAAAAUGUGCAAAACCUUCAGUUUCUUAUAGUUAAAAAAUUGUAUGUGUGACUUUUCCUCCUUAUUGGUUAUUGACUGGGACUGGCCACAAAAAACUCAGCUGACUGUCCACACAUCUGUGCGCAUUUGUGUGUACAGCUUGUGUCGUCCAUGUAAACUGUUUACAGGAUAUUGAGGUUCAGCACAUGCUGAAAAAAAAGUGCUUUGGAAAUGUAAAUAUUGCACAUUUGUUGUUGGUUUCAUAAUUUUCCUCCUGGAGAAGAGACAAAACAACUCCUGAAGAACUAAACAUUGUGUAUAAGUUUGCUACUGUACUUGAUAUCAGUGCUUUAUACAUGUCUCCUUUGUACAUCUUAUGAUGUUGCAUCUGUUACUAAAGCCCUUAGACAAAUCAUUCUCUUUUGUAACUAAUAUGUUUACUGAAAUAUCGAACUAUGUGAAAAUGUUGCUGUAUUGCAAUUAUCCAACUCUACCACCUCUCAAGGUUAGUUUUUCUUUCUGUUACACUACUACUUUUAUGUUGGAUUUAAAAGAGUUUUCCUUGUGUGAAUAUUGCACAUGGGGACAAUUGGAAAAUAAUUAGAUUUCUACACAAUCUCUUGUCAGUUUUUUCAUAUUCAUAUUAAGGAGUUUUAAUUUAAGGAUUAUAACUUUUUUUAAUCCAGGUACCUAUAUUUCAAUAUCUACCUUUAACUUGAUAAUUACUGCAAGACAACCAUGGCUCAAUUCAGGAUUUGUGUAAGAUUAAAAUUUUUAAAAAGACAGUGAGGAGGAAGUAAAAGAAAUUCAGUUUAUAAAAAAUAAAAACAUGAUUUUUACAUCAAUGUUGGUUACUUGGAUGUUCAUGUAGUGUUGUACGGUUCUGUUUUAAUGAACUGGAAAAAAAAAUCUCUUUAAAUGCAUAUUUGCCUUUUUGUAUAAUUCAUCGCUUGCUAUAUUGUGUCACCUACACUGUCAGUGAAAAUCACAAGGUAUUUGCUUUCAUUUCUAGUAGGCGCCUUACUGUACUGUAGAGUCAUUGCACUGUCAACCUGAACAAAAUGACAGCUUUGACACAUUUUGAUGGAUAAGCUUACUUACUAGAGGAAGAAAUUGCCUUUGGAGAUGUUCUCCUUGUAAACAUAAGCUAACAUACUGUUUGCCCUGUUAAUUCUUUACACUGUCGAGUAAAGUCCAUUAAUCUUUGGCCGCAGAGUUUAAAAUGACCACUGACGGUUAAAUCUCGAAUCUGUCAUCAGUUCCUGUGUUGCCUCCUCUGUCACGGUGGAAAGAGUAAGUUGUGAUUCGCUCUUUGGAAAUAAAAUUAAAAAUUUGCGGAGAUGAUGAGGUGGAGGAGAGAAACGUUGUCCACCUCCAAAAUGGCUUCCAUGUCUCACACAGUGGCCUGUUAGCCAUUAUAUUGCUGCUGUCUUCUAAAGCUGAUGAUGUUUAUCUCUGAAAAAUGCACUGACUGUAUUGCCCCUGUAUGAAUAUGCCAAAAUUUUGUUAAACAUAAAUUGUUAAGGAAAGUCACUGCCUUAUGCCCUCUAGCUUAAAAAGCUGGGCUUUUGUUUAUAUGCCAAAUCUGAGGGAUUUCUGUGUUUUGUUUUUUCUGUGUAUCUCAGUGUAAAGUUGUGUAAUCAUGAGUGAACUCAAUGUUUCUCUAUACUGUCGAAGGCUAUCAAGAUUGUAUAAUAUGUUUAGUCGUUGUAUAGAUUGAAUAAAAAAAAAUGAUGAAAUUAA